AUGCUUUAGGAUUUGCGUUUCUUCGUUUCUCCGUUUAUUAGGGUUUUUAAAUCACUUAUAUCUUCCUCGUCUUCUUCUUCUUCGUUUGUGAGGGGUAUCAGGAGAACGAUAGAAGGCAGCUUUCUUUUUGGUAAUGAAACGGCAGCAGCAUAGGAAGUAAGCAAAAUUGAUCCUGAACUGUCACUUGGAUUGCUCCAAUAGUUUGAGAUGGUGAAGAGGAGCAAGAAGAGUAAGAGUAAGCGAGUGCCGCUGAAAAAGAAGUACAAGAUCAUAAAGAAGGUGAAAGAGCACCAUAAGAAGAAGGCCAAAGAAGCGAAGAAGCUCGGCAUAAAUAAUAAGCGCAAGGUCGAGAAGGAUCCAGGUAUCCCUAAUGACUGGCCCUUUAAGGAACAAGAGCUCAAGGCCCUGGAAGCUCGCAGGGCCAAGGCACUAGAGGAAUUGGAGCAGAAAAAGGCCGCUCGGAAGGAGAGGGCCCAGAAAAGAAAGCUGGGAUUAUUGGAGGAUGAUGGAGCUUCUGAAAAAGAGCAAAUUUUUGGAGAUGGAAUUGAUGGUGUUGUUUCGCCGAAAAUUGCUAAAAUCCAGGAUAACUCGGAUAGGGCUUUCUACAAGGAGUUGGCCAAAGUCAUAGAAGCAUCUGAUGUCAUUUUGGAAGUUCUUGAUGCUCGGGAUCCCCUUGGUACUAGAUGUUUUGAUAUGGAAAAGAUGGUGUUAAAGUCAGGCCCCAAUAAGCAUCUUGUUUUGCUUCUGAAUAAGAUUGAUCUUGUACCUCGAGAAGCUGUUGAGAAGUGGCUUAAGUAUUUGAGGGAGGAAUUUCCUGCAGUUGCAUUCAAGUGCAGCACCCAAGAACAGAGGUCGAACUUAGGUUGGAAAUCUACUUCAAAGGCUUCAAAAACAAGCAAUCGCUUGGAAACUAGUGAUUGUCUGGGUGCUGACACUCUCAUAAAAUUGUUGAAGAACUACUCAAGAAGCCAUGAGGUAGUUUCGCAGUUCAUUUACGCUGCUCAACGGUUCGAGGACGUGGUUGUCGCUUAUUCAAAGGCAAAGGAGGCAAAGCGCCUUAAUGGGUGGCCACACAAGAUCAUAGGCCAUAUGGAGGUUGAGAAGAAAAUAUCCCGAUCUGAGGAGGUCCAUGCCAAUGAUGUCGGGUUGAUAACUAGAGAGCUGGAACAGGAGGUCGGCUCGGAUGACGCCAUCUGGUUCAUCUUGAGUAAGAUGCCAGGCUACAAUCUGACGGACAAUGAGCAGCGAAUUCACGUCCCUGCUACUUUGGUGCAGCUCAUCGACUUGAUCGAUGUUGGUGAAGAGCUUUGCUUGUUUAUGGAUGUUGCAGUGAAAGAGAUUCUCAGGCUAUGCCCUACUAAAACAUUGAUAACAAUGUACAAGGUUCCAACCUUUGAUUCAGUUGAUGACUUCCUACUAAAGGUGGCUACUGUGAGGGGUAAGCUCAAAAAGGGUGGUAUUGUGGAUGUUGAAGCCGCAGCUAGAAUAAUUCUGCACGACUGGAAUGAGGGUAAAAUUCCAUAUUACACAAUGCCUCCAUCAAGGAAGCGAGAUGAGCACUUGGAGGAGGCAACCGUUGUCUCAGAGCUUGGGAAAGAGUUCAAUGUUGAAGAAGUUUAUAAGGGUGAAUCUUCAUUCAUUGGGAGUCUAACGUCUGUUGAGGAUUUGCGUCACAUUGAAGUUCCUCCAAGCUGCCCUCUAACUUUUGAUGAGAAGAUGCUGGAGAAUGAUAUACAGCCUGAAGUAUUAGUUCUAGAAAAUGAACCACUAAAGGAAAAGAAUGAAGAUAAUGAAGACCAGCCAAUGGGAUCUAAUGAGCAAGACUCAGGCAAGACAGUGGCCAAGACUGUCAAUAGUAGGCAGAAUGAGCAGCUAUAUAUGGCAGAAGGCAUCCUUAAUACAAAAUUACGGAGAGCAGAGAAGAAGAAAAGAAAGAAAGCUAAAUCAUCUGGUACUGAUGAUAUGGAUGCUGACUACGAUUUUAAGGUGUAUUAUGCAAAGAGGGAAUCAACUAUGGAAGAUGUUGAAGAAAGUGGCGAUGACGAGGAUAAUCAGAUCCAAAGCGAGGUGCCUACUGGUGGUAUGGAUGAAUAAAGCAAGUGAAUCGGCCUUUCAGAAUUCAAGUGGGGCAAGAUCGUCUGCCCACUGCUUGGCCAAUUUUGUACUUUAUAGGAGUUGGGAUGCUUUUGCUUCAUUUACCUGUGAACGUGACUUCGAACUGUGGUCUUGCUGAAGGAUUUACCUUGUUUUGGAUGCUAACUUCAUGCUCACUGUUGGGGGUUGAUUGUUAUUCCCUGCCCGAGCUGUUCACACCCCCACCCCCAAGUUUUACCUUUCUCUUCAUUCUAUAGGAUAAUAUGUCUUGCAUCUGAGCCCUAAUUAAGUGUUUAUUUGUCAUUCCUAAACCCUUGUUUAUGCAAUUUACGCAUUUUGAUCCAUAUCAAUUCCAGUUUUUUUUCCUGAAA